GAGUUCCUGCCGGAGAUUUGGCUUUUCAGGAGCUGAUUCCCCCCGUGAUUUUGUCGGCACGAGGCGACCACGCGGAGUGUCAAGGGCUCCACCGGGCCCCAAGGCGCUGCCCCAGCACCACCGUAGUAGCCAAACCACCGGUGCUCGGCAUGGCCUAUAUGAAGGUCUUGCUGGACCGCAUGUUGCGCACGGGGUACAGCAUCGUCCAGGAGAACGGACAGAGGAAGUUCGGACCGCCGCCCGACUGGCAGGGGCCCCCUCCCGCCCGUGGCUGCGAGGUGUUUCUGGGGAGGAUCCCGCGCGACCUCUACGAGGAUGAGCUGGUGCCCGUGCUGGAGAUGGUGGGGAAGCUCUACCAGCUCCGCCUCGUGAUGGAUUAUAGCGGAGAGAACCGCGGCUACGCGUUCGCUACCUACGCCACGCGCGCCGAAGCCACGGAUGCCGUCAAGAAACUCAACAAAUUCGAGAUCCGUCCCGGACACCGCAUUGGAGUCCGCUUCAGCGUGGACAAUCGCCGCCUCUUCAUUGGGGGGCUGCCAAAGGACAAGAAGCGAGCGGAGGUGAUGAUGGCGAUGAGCGGUGCCACGGAGGGCGUGGUGGACGUCAAGAUGAGCGUCUGUUGCUGGGACAAAACCCUCAACCGAGGCUACGCGUUCAUCGAGUACGGGAGCCAUCACGCGGCCGCCAUGGCCAGGAAGAAGCUCCUUCGAAUCAACUUCCAGCUAUGGGGCCGGACCAUCAAGGUGGACUGGGCCAUCCCGGAAUGGGACACGGUGGCUGCGGCUGCGACAACCGAAGACGAGGAGGAGAAGGAGGCGGCGGUGCCAGACCUGCCAGAGCCGGAGUGCACGGGCACCGGCAAAGCCGCACACAGCCUGUUUGAGGGCUGGGGGGCACGCACGCGGCUGUGGUGGGCACCUCUCCACCUGCGGCCCAUGCCCGUUGCUCUCGAGGCGCUGCCGGAGGCGGCCAUGCUGUCGUGGGAGGGGCGGUUGCGGAUGCUGUGUCGGACUGCCGGCGUCAGCUACCCAAUCUUCGAGCUGCACGCUUACUCAGAGCCCGGGAUACCCGUGGGCCUCCUCUAUAAGGUGUUGAUUCCCGGGAUGGGAGAAGGCGCCGGCAUCUUCCCCGCAUUUCUGAGCUCCAGCGAGGAGGGAGCACGGGAGGUGGCGUGUCAGCUCGCCUACAACAUCCUCAGCGAUGCGAAUCCUCUGAGAAUGUGCUAGGCCCCGCC